UAUUGAACUAAAUUACUUUAAAUCACUAACGUAAAACCGGACUCAUAACAGCUAAAUAUUCAUUUAAGGUAUACCUAGAUAAUGUUAUACCUAUUUUAAUAUUUUGGAUCUGCCUUUGGCUUGUGUAUUCUUAAAUAUUGAUAGUUGAAGAGACAAAGUAUAAUGAUACAGCUUGAAUUGAUUAAUCCUGGGUGAAAAUUAAUCCGCACCCAUUAUUUAUAUCAAAUUGUACUAAUUUAUCAUUAUUAAGUCGUAAGAUAUUGUGAGACUGGGUUAUUAAUUAAUUAAUUAUGAUUUAGUGAUGAGCUAUACAUGCUGAGUUGAAUUUUGGAUUUCCAGAACAUGGUGCAUCACAAAAAAAAAAAAAAAAAAAAAAAAACGUAUUAAGUGGAAUUGAUCCUUAGUAAACAACUCAACAUUCAACCAAGUGCAUAAUUUAGCCUUCUUGUAGCAUGGGUGUCAGUAGGAAAUAUUAUAUCAAUUUUAGAAAUAUAACAAUAACAACAUAUCCAGUAUAAUCUGACAAGUGGAGGCUGAGGAGGGUAAGAUGGAUGCAGACCUUACCUCUAGACCUUUUAUCAAAUACAUAGUUUUAGGGAGAGAUCAUGCGUUCAUGUGCCCCAUAUUUUGCCUAUAAUUCGCCCCUGUAUGAAUGCACGUGUCAUGUAUUCAUUAUGUUAGUAUAAACACAGGAUACAAGUAAGUUUUUACUGCCGGGAUGAUACCCAUAGCAGAAAAAAUUCCUUUAAAAUUAAAAGAAUAAAUUAGGGAGAACUUACUAAGAUUUAAAAACUCCUGGACAAUUGUGCAAAUGGAAUGUGUCAAAAAGAAAAGGAAAAAAAAAUAGAAUGUAGAUAAGUAGAAACAAUAGAGCUGGCAGGUAGAGAAGAAAGAAGACUGAAAGAGGCUGCAUGGUCAACAAUACAGUUUACCUGCAAGAGUAAUCACAAAGAAGAAACCUCUCUUUUCUCCUUUAUGCUUCAAACACAUUUCUAACUUUGCAAGCUUCAACUCUACCAAAUUCUUCCAUACUUCUAAUAACCAACAACAACAAGAAGUUUUUGGGCAAAGAAAGAAGUUCAAGAAAGCUUCUUUUUAACACUUAAACUUUAUUUUCUCCCCAUACAAAUAUUUCACAAGGGACCAUUAUGGUUGGUGUGUUAGCUCAUCUUCUCACCUCCCUCUCUAGAUUUUGAUUCUCUACCCUCUUUCCACCUCAUUCUACUAUGGAACUUCCAGUAACGACACCGGAUUCCGGUCGCCAGAAGAAAGGUUCAUAUACCAUAGAAACCAGAAAUCUUUCCUAUGCACUCCCUAGUUUGUAUGAUGAAUUCAGUUGGAUGUUUUGCUGCAAGAAUCCUAAGAGACCUCAGAAGUUCAUCAUAAAGGAUGUGAAUUGUGAAGCAAGGCCAGGACAGAUUACAGCUAUUGCUGGUCCUAGUGGGGCUGGAAAAACAACACUGUUAGAGAUUCUUGCAGGGAAAAUAUCACCAACAAAAGUCACUGGACAUGUACUAGUUAACGGUCAUCCUGUGAAUGCCAAAUGUUUUAGGAGAUUAUCCGGUUAUGUCACACAAGAAGAUGCCCUGUUUCCUCUGCUCACAGUUGAAGAAACACUCAUGUAUAGUGCUCUACUGAGGCUACAAGGUGGGAAAAAAGAGGUUGCAAAUAGAGUUGAAGUGUUGAUCAAGGAGCUUGGUUUGGAAAAUGUUGCUGGUGCUAGAGUUGGGGGAGGAUCAAACAGGGGAAUUUCGGGUGGUGAAAGGCGUAGGGUGUCGAUUGGAGUUGAAUUAGUUCAUGAUCCUGCUGUGAUUCUCAUUGAUGAGCCAACAUCUGGGCUGGAUUCAGCAUCAGCACUUCAGGUUAUAUCACUCCUUCAAGUGAUGGUGGCUCAUCAAAGCAAGACAAUUGUAUUGACUAUCCACCAACCUGGUUUUCGUAUUCUUGAACUGUUUGAUCGACUUGUUUUGCUUUCAAAUGGGUGUGUUCUUCACAAUGGUUCGUUGAAGUAUCUAGAAGACAGGAUCAAGUUUUCCGGUCUCCAAAUUCCACCCCACAUCAAUGUUCUUGAAUUUGCCAUUGAUGUCACAGGCAGCAUUGUCAUUCAAUCUUCUGAAAUUCCCAAUAUCCAUUUCCAUCUCAAGGAUCAUGGCGAAAAGAAGGGAAGUCUAAGGAAAGAUGAUGAGGGAUAUACAAUUUCCAGCCACAAUGACAACACGUUAGAGAAGUGUCCUUCCUACUCAAAUUCUCAUAUUGAGGAGACUUUAAUACUAGGAGGAAGAUUUUGCAAGAACAUAUUCAGAACCAAGCAACUUUUUGCAACAAGAAUAAUACAAGCAUUGGUAGCAGGCUUUAUAUUGGGGUCAAUAUUCAUGAAUGUUGAUAACAAUCUAGGGCAGGUUGCUUUACAAACCAGACUAGGAUUCUUCGCGUUCAGUUUAACGUUCUUGCUCUCCUCCAUGACAGAAGGCUUACCUAUUUUCUUGCAAGAGAGAGCAAUCUUUAUGAGAGAGACUUCAAGAGGAGCAUAUAGAGUAUCCUCUUAUGUUGUGGCAAACACAUUUGUCUUCCUUCCUUUCCUCUUAAUGGUUGGCCUUCUCUACACUGUACCGGUUUACUGGCUCGUUGGUCUGAGGCGAAACAUGGAUGGGUUCUUCUACUUUGCCAUGGUGGUUUGGAUGGUUGUCUUAAUGUCAAAUUCUUUCACUGCAUGUUUCAGCGCGCUUGUCCCAAACUUCAUCAUGGGAACAUCUAUUAUUGCUGGGUUGAUGGGGUCUUUCUUCCUGUUUUCAGGCUAUUUCCUUUCAAAAGAGAAGAUACCUAGUUACUGGAUCUUCAUGCAUUACUUAAGUCUGUUUAAGUACCCGUUCGAGUGCUUCUUGAUAAAUGAGUAUGGGGGCAAGGGAGGGAAAAGAUGUUUAGAAAGUGAAGGAGGAGAAUGCAAGUUAUUCGCGAUUGACUUCUUGAGACAGCAAGACGUUAAAGAAUCAUUGAAAUGGAGCAACUUAGCUGUGAUGCUGUGUUUCAUCUUGGGUUACAGAGUCCUCUGUUAUCUAAUAUUAUGGUGCAGAUGUUACAGAACCAGAAACUAGGUUUCAUUCUUUUGUCUUUUUACGGUUUUCUUUUGCUUCUUAUUCUGAUUAUUAAAUUGAUUGGGCAAGUGAAUGUAGUAUUGUAGUUACACUGGAUAAUAUGGAUUAGUCAUUCAUAAAUUUUUCAUGUUCAGAGAUCAUAUGAAAUAAAAGUUUCCCGCCCCAUGUUAUAAUUCGGUAAGGAUUAUAUCUCAGGUAAAUUUGGUCUAGGAGCAACCUACAGCAUCACCAGACUCAUUUCUUUGUCAUUCACUGUCCAUGUGAUGCCAGUGGCGUAGCUACGAAGGGUGGUCAAUUGAACACCCUUUCUCGUAAAAUAUACUGUAUAUACAGAAAAUAAUAAUGCUUAUAUAGGUCAAAUUACUUUUUAUAGACAUAGUAUAUUAAAUCUUGAGCACCCUUAGUGAAAAUCCUAGCUUCGUCACUGCAUGUCCUCGAUGUCCUUCAGGACAUAGGGAGAGUAGGGUGUACAUCUAGUGACCAUGUAAAUACUAUGGCAAGAUAAAUGAUGUGCAGGGA